AUGUAUCGCAGGCUCCUUCUUCGUUUGCCCCAGGUUGACCCCACAAUCGGACGACCAGUCAAUGGGAUUGUGUGCAAACGAGUCCUAUUCGAGCGCGCAGGAGAUUCGAACAUUGUUGCGCCCUCACCCGCGCUCGCACUCGCGACGGUGCCCGCGCCCUCACCCACACCCGCAUCCGCCCCUCCGCCCGCACCCACACCGCACCCGCAUCGCACUGCGCUCGCGCAAUUCGUUACAAUUAAAACAAAUAUGUUCACAUACAUGGGUACACAGAAUUACAUUAUGACAGUUUUGGGACAGAAAAUCGAUUUAGUUUAG